CGCAGGUUUCCUGGUCAGUCCGUCUGAUGCUGGAGUCGGAUUCGCCUCUCUGUGGAUAAUCGCAUCGUUCUAUUCUUCUGAUUACAUCGAUAUGAAGGCGCUUAUAGGGCUGCUGCUGUUGGUCUUUGGUCACGAUGUGUCCUCAGUGAUUCACUCUCGGCGGUUAUUCACCACGGGGUCGUCUGGACUCUCAACCUUCCCAGAGUUUGUGACUGUUGAGAUGGUGGAUGAGGUUCAGGUUGAGUACUACGACAGCAACACCCAAAGACUCAUACCCAAACAGGACUGGGUGGACCAGGCCAACAGAGAAGUCCCAGACUACCUGGAGAGGGAAACUGAAAGGAGAAAGGGAGCCCAGCAGGUCUUCAAAGCCGGCAUUGGGACUCUGAAGAGGCGCUUUAACCAGACAGGAGGUGUCCACGUAUACCAGAGGAUGAAUGGUUGUGAGUGGGAUGAUGAGGAUGGUACCACUGAGGGUUAUCAGCAGUAUGGUUAUGAUGGAGAGGACUUCCUAUCGAUGGACCUGAAGACCCUGACCUGGGUCGCUCCAGUGCAUCAGGCUCUCACCACCAAACACAGAUGGGAACAUAAUAGAGCUUUAAUGGAAAAGUUGAAGCACUACUACACCAAGGAGUGUGUUGAUUGGCUGAAGAAGUACCUGGCCUAUGGGAAGAGCACUCUGCAGAGAACAGAGCGUCCGCGGGUGUCUCUGCUCCAGAGGAGCCCCUCCUCCCCAGUGGUGUGCCAUGCUACAGGCUUCUACCCUGACAGGGUGGUGGUGUUCUGGAGGAGAGACGGCCAGGAGCUCCAUGAGCAGGUGGACCCCGGGGAGGUCCUCCCCAACCACGACGGGACCUUCCAGGUCAGCGUGGACCUGGACCUCACGGCCGUCCCACAGGAGGACUGGAGGAGGUACGAGUGUGUGGUCCAGCUGAAAGGCAUCGAGGACAUCUCUACCCCCCUGGACCCCGCCCACAUCAGGACCAACCGGGAGGACAAUCACAUCCUUGCUUUCAUCCUCACUGGAGUUGCUGUUCUUGCUGUUGUUGCUGCUGCUGCUGUUGUUGGAGUCUUUCUGUACCAGAAGAGGAACGGUUCUGUAACCAGCUCUGAGAACACUGAGGGGCAGAAUCCGUCUCCUGAGGCCCAACCUCUGACCACAGUUCAAAGUUAAAUCAUGAAGAGGCUUCUCACGUUCACCUUCAGACACGUGCCGUCCAUAUGGGCAGGUGGGGCAGCAAACUACUUUCAAAAGCAUCCUCCCAAAGAAAAGCGAGUGGUGUUGCUCCUGGGAUUAACAGUGUUGAGUUUCUGCUAAAAAUAAAAACCUUUGAGAGGUUAAAAUUGGAAGACCGGAUAUAAACAUUAUCCAAAAAACGAAGGAUAGGGGGAAAACGUACAAAAUAACUUUGUGUGUGAACAUGACAAGGAGUGAUAUGGACCACGAAUGUGAAGCAUGUAUAUAUAUAUAUAUAUAUAUAUAUAUAUAUAUAUAUAUAUAUAUAUAUAUAUAUAAUGUAUAAAGAAAUAUAAUAAUGUAUCAUACAGUAUUAUAUAUGUAUAUAAUAUAUACAUAUUACAAAAACAAAUUUUGGGUCUGGUCAUACGCCAGUAGUUUCUGCCCCACUGAAAUUUAGGAUCACCGCACGCUACUGUUCAGCUUCCUAAACCAGGAUGGAGUGCACUCAAGGUGAAAUGUAACGUAAAUUGCUCCCAGGUGAAUCGUGACGUUCUCUAAUGAAGGGAAAUGUAUGACACGUUAGAUCUACCAACGAUCAACCAGUUUACUGAAGUAGGUCAAGGGUGCAACUCAUGAAGAUAUUUGUGUAAUGUGGAUGAGAAUUUGUGGCCCAACUGACAGGAACAUGAGAGGGGUGGGAAGCCUGCACUGUACUUCCUACAGCACUGCAUGUACAGUUUACUCUAAGUUGAUUGUCCUAUGUUCACAUUUCUAAUUUUGUAUGUAUCGCAAUGACAUGGUCUGUCAACAAACUACAGUACAGACAGUAAAAGCGUAAAUGUGAAUCUUGUCCAGUCUCUUGCAAUCAAUCUCCCACAUACACUAAGGGGUAACUUACAAUUUACAAUAAUUGUCAUCAGAACUUUUGCCAUAGUUUACAUCAGAACAUCCCUCCAGAGUACACUGUUAUAUUGACAACAUGACUAAGAAAUGUGACUUUUCCGUCUUUUCCGUACACAAUGACACAAGGACUUGUCAUUCUGAUGGCACUGACACGUUCAUUGACACAGAUAUUUACUUUUGAGAGAUGAACUAAGAAUUUUGAGGAACUAAGGAUUUUCGCAUAAUCCAUGGUGUUUUGCUAUUUGUACGAGUUGUUUUGAGCAAUGCACUUACUGUUUUGCAAAUGUUGAGGAAGAUUCGAGAAAUGUACUAAAGCCAGAGAAAAACGGUAAAGUCACAACCCAUAGCCCAAGGGACCAGAACGCUCCAGGCAGGGCAUCCACAGAUGCCCAGCUAAGCCUCCAGGCGUGCCGAUACAAUUCCCCUCCUUUAGCUUCACAGAUAUCAUACCGAACCUUCACCAAUUAAAGUGAGUUACAAGCGAUCCUGACUCAGCGACCUUUUCCCCAAAGAACAGAGCGGUACUCACCACAGGUCCACAGCCACCGUAGGCCAACCGCUCCGUGUCCCGCCGCACCGGCGCCUCGUCUCCAGGCGAC